AUUUAUUAUAAACCCGUGGACCGUACCCGCCGCUAGAUUUGUAACUACAUCUACGCGUAUCCCGACCCUUCCUUCAUUUCUUCUAUAUUCCUUCCUAUUUGUUUAAUUCCUAUUCCAAGCUUCUGUUAUUAUUGCCACCAUUUUUUCAAACCUUCAAUUUCAACCACGACCAUGCCUCCUCAUCAUCACCAUGGCGAUCCUGAACAACCAAAACCAAACCCUAAUCUCCUCUCCCUAUUCCUCAAACCCAUCAUCAUGCUUCUUCUCACAUCCCUCUUCUUCCUCUUCCUCGGUUUCGCCGCCUUUCUCCUCCUCAACCUCUUCCUCUUAGCCGGUGCUCUCCACCGUCUCCGUUUCCGUCCUACUCCAACUCGACGUCUUCAAUCUCUCACCGACGCUUUCCUCCCUCGCGAAAUCAACAACCUCCCCAACUUCCGGAUAACCAAAGGAUCCGUUUCCGAACCCGAUUCUCGUUGUGCUGUUUGUUUGGAUGGUUUUCGUAAUGGUCAAUGGUGUCGAAAUCUCGCUGCUUGUGGUCAUGUUUUUCAUCGGAGAUGUAUUGAUACGUGGCUUCUUAAGGUUGCCACGUGUCCUACUUGCCGUACACCGGUUCGGUCUAACCCUCAAACUUCUCAAGGUUCGGUUGUAGAACAAGAUGAAGAAGGUUCUUCACGAUUUUGGAAUUGCUCUAAUAACAACAAUGGUUUCACCCUUUUGUAAUAAUAAAUAGCUUGUGAGUUUUUUUUUUUAGCUUUUUCUCAGGCUAUGUAAUAUUAAUGUUGAAUGAAUUUAAUCUAUGAAUGUAUAGUAGAAUAGUAUUAGUAGUUAGUACCCUUGUGCUUGAAUUGCACGAAGGUUAUUUUUUUUUACAUGUUUCCCAUUUUGGAGGAAGCUAAUUUGUGGGGGAUUGUGCUUUUGUAAUCUUAUGAUUCUCAGAGUAGUUUUUAAUGGAAUUGUCUUCACCCGAGUUUCAUUUCA